ACUGCAGCUGCUGGAAGAAACGUCAGAUUCGCAUGCUCGGUCAAGAAUCUUGGAACGUAUAAGGUGGCUUGGAUGCACUUUGAGCAGUCCGCCAUCUUGACUGUGCACAAUCACGUGAUCACACGGAAUCCCAGGAUAAGUGUGACGCACGACAAACACAGGACUUGGUAUUUGCACAUAAACAAUGUGCAGGAAGAAGACAAAGGACGAUACAUGUGCCAAAUCAAUACUGUACAGGCCAAGACUCAGUUUGGGUAUCUCCAUGUUGUCGUGCCACCAAAUAUUGACGAUUCUCGCAGCAGCAGCGACGUAAUUGUACGUGAGGGUUCCAACGAGACUCUAACUUGCAAAGCAACCGGCUUCCCCACACCGAGUGUUAAGUGGAAGAGGGAUGAUAAUUCCAAAAUUACCAUAAACAAGACCCUUCAAGUGAAUGAAUGGGAAGGUGAAAAACUGGAGCUAAUAAAAAUAUCCAGACUUGAUAUGGGGGCGUACCUGUGCAUCGCAAGUAAUGGAGUUCCACCAACUGUUAGUAAAAGGAUCAAGGUCAGCGUUGAUUUCCCUCCAAUGCUGUGGAUCCCCCACCAGCUCGUCGGAGCUCCGUUGGCCUACUCUGUGACCUUGGAAUGUUUUACCGAGGCUCAUCCCAGCUCCCUAAACUACUGGACUCGAGAAGAUGGUCAGAUGAUUCACGAAUCCAAGAAGUACCACACCGAAAACAUUGUAGGCAGCCCUUCGUACAAGACUCACAUGAAGCUCACUAUCAACGACAUCCAGCAGAAUGACUAUGGAACUUACAAGUGCGUCGCCAAGAACCCCAGAGGGGAGACUGAUGGAACCAUCCGACUUUACACUUCAUCGCCUCCAACCACAACACCGAAACCGACCAGCACGUCCACCGGGCCUGGGCUCACCAGAUCCCGAGAAUCUCUGGCCACAAUGACCGGUGAAAUCAACAAUACCAAUAACGGAAACCCUUCUUCUCUCACGAUACAUCAUCUUGCUGAUAAAGGUUCCAAAUACCAAUCAAAUCUCAACGAAAUCGACAAAUCGGAACAGAAGUCUAGUUCAGAAACGGAUCUGAAGGGUGGGAUAUUCACUAAUUCAUCUCCACAUCUCAAACAAAAGUUUACCGAUGUGGUGUGCAGUAUAUUGGCGGUAUUUUCAUCAGCAAUAUUGCUCAGCGUGCGGUGAAGAGUUUAAAGGAGAACUUCCAAACACAGUUAGUAACUUCGAGUUCAAUAUCAAAGGACGCUUAAAUUAAGAGCAUAUACGUGUACAAUUUAAUCAUAUGUAAUCCAAUUUUUUUAAUCAAAGACUGACAGGUUUUAGGGAAUGACGAGAAAUAAGUGUGUAAAAUAUGAAUAAGUUUACCUAGGGUUCAAAGAUAUCUAUCAUGAGGUUGUUAUCACAGACAAUGUUAACUGAUUCAGCUAUAUAUACCAGUUCCGACAAUAGUUUAUUUUGCUGAUAUUGUAUAGACAAUGUUCUAACAUGUAGAUGCUUUGUUUUAGUUUACUGUGCCAAAUACUUCGGUGCCAAAGCAAAUAAUCUGAAAUGCAACUACUUUAGUUGUUAUGGACUUCUGUGACAGCUACGAAUGAAAUAUUUUUUGAAUGAACAACAGUCACAAAACUGUUUUAGAUGUAGCUUUUCUAGUGUGCUAACUUAGGGUAAAUGAAUUAAUUGUAUAUAAAAUACUUAGCUAAAUCAGGAACAAAAGGAAGGAAACAAAUAAAAAUAGAUGUAAAAAGCAACAAAUUAUGCCUCAACCGUUAGGACAAGGAUUAUUUUAACUAUAAACGUUAACGCAUUUACCAAGGUUGCUGGCCGCGAUCCGGUAUCGCAGUUUACAGUCAUGGUGCUAAUUUAGGUCGCAUCAAUCAAAUUGAUAGAUACAAUUGCACAUUAUGCCAUCUUAUUUCGAAGAAAUUCAAGUCCGUUUGAACACAGCCUAAAAAAUUUAUAUCGUGUACAAAAUUAAUAAUAUCUUCACUGGUAGCAGUUUUUGGCGUUCAGUGCAGAUUGAAUGCUGUUGAUCGUGAAGCAACGUCGCUGUUCAAUCCUCCUUUCUAUAAGUAUUUAAUCAGUGCAAAUCAUUGAAAUGUCUUCUUCAAAGCGCUGUAAAUAGAAAACUACACUGACAAAAACUUUUAAUCAAACCAAUUAAAAUUUUAAUCAGGUCAUUCAAAUAUUUUAAUUAACUAUGUGACAGAUAACAACUUUAACAAGUCUAAUUAAACUGCAGUUUAUUUGAAUCUAUGAAACUUGUCUAAUUAUACCAAAACGCAGUCUUUUAAUUUAAUUUGAUAAAUGGUUUACUUAGAUUGAGUACACCAAUUUAUUUAAAAUUAGUGAGCUAAUAAAAUCAGUUGACCUGCUCAAGUAAAACAAGUUCAUUAUUUUAUUAAAUUUAAAAGGAAGAACGACUCUGGCCAGCACUGUAAAUGCAGGAGUUUCCACGCAUAAUUUUACUCGAUGAUUUGUAACCAUAUGUCAAUUUAAUCGCUCUUCAUACUAUUGAUGUAUUUCAUUUUAAUUAUUAAUAUUUACUCAUUCAUAAAUAUGGAAAAUACGAUAUUAAUAUUUACUUUUGGCAUGUGUUCGCCCGGAUGAAACAAGUGCUCUUGAAAUUAAUGUAUGCCCUUGCCCAAAAAUUAGCAAUAAAGACGCAAAAUUGUCAUUUCCCCUAUUAUUUAUAUAUAGGAGUUUUGAGAAGAGCAACAAAUCUGUGUCGCAGAAUAUGGGUCCUGAUACCGUGGACCCACAAGGUAUAUAUACAGUUCAUGAAACCCACAACUUAUUCAUAGGAUAUUGGACAUGUCAUAAUAGAAAAAAAUUGAUGAAAACAACGGCAUUUAUGACAAUUGAAUAAAACAGAGACAAAUAAUACACAAUUUAACGAUUUGAAAAUGCUGGAACGGAAUAAAAGCACUUGUGUAACAAAAACUCUUUUAAUGAUUCCUUGAAUUAAGAAUCAUUCUUAAAACAUUUUACAGAUGUUGGCAGAGGGUUGUAAAGUUUCCGACCCAUUAAAAUCUGACUACGUUACUUAUAUGUACAUAUGUAUUAUCUUUGAUAGAUCUGAAUGAGUUGCUACUUCUCGUACUAUAUUCAUGUACGUCACAUUUUUUUUUGAAUUUCAUAUUAAUAUAGCAUUUGUAUCAUUUAUAUUACAGCUUUCAUGGUAUGGUGUUUCCAUCUUUUUUGCAGCCCCUGUAUAUAACAAAUAGAGGGUUUAUUAGUUUAUUUCUGGCUAUACUCCAAGAAAGAAAUUACAGGUUUUUCAGUAGCACUCUCGUGGAAAAACGUAAUCUGAAGAUUUCUGCUAACGUUUCUUUUCUGACAAACAUACAGCUGACGUUGUGGAUUUCGCUACUUAGUAAUUGGUACAAUAUAUCGAAAAGUUCUUGCAAUAUGAAUUCCGAUACUCUCCGUGACCCAUGUACGUUAAAUCAACUCAAUUUCUUCGGUUCUUACAAGCAGGUUCCAAAUGUUUCACAUUCUCUCACACAUUGUGAAAUCUUUCCUUUGGUAUACAGGGCGAUUCAGAUAAUCAAAGCUCCUAACACAUCCCCUGGAUAACAUGCACGGCGCUAUGAACUGGAGUUUUUUAUGAAAAAUGUCAUUUACAUGUCAUCUUACUUGGAAAAUAUGCACUUUAUCUCUUAUUCGACUUUGAUUACUAAAUAAAUAAAGUAAAUAAUAAACUUAUUAAUAAAAUGCUCUUUUUGCUUUAAAUUUUAGUCGCUAAUUUGAUACAUGGGGAAUAUAUUAAAUACAAUUCGUUUGAAAGCAUCAGAAAACUAUAUUGUUUGUAAUACUUCACCUUUUUCCCUUUCAAUUUUUUCUACAAAAGCAUAUGCAGCAAAAAUCUACAAGAAUCACUUCUGAACAUUUUUAUGGACUAACACGCCGACAAACCAACAUAUCUAUAUACGUAGUGCUCAAAAAGGUCCCCCUAUUCAUUUUUGACAGGUCAAAUUAGUAAGGGUAAUGAAAUUGAUUUGAUUGAUGAGAAUAACAGCUGAGUAAUUCCCUGUUGGGCCCCAUAUUGUAACAUUGUUCCAAGCAGAAUGAGGAAGUCAUGCAAAACUUCACUUAUCAGUACUUUAUGACUCUAGAAUAUAAAUAAGUACUGCGGCGGGCUGGCGGGCUUUCAUUUUUGAACGUUUUUAUUCAUAACUCAUAACUUAACAACUAAUCAUCAAAAUGUUAUAGUUUUAUCGAUCUUCUUAGUGUGUAUCUGAAUGCGUAAUUAAAAUAUGGAACAUUCAAUUAAGAAAAAAAAAAGGUGAUUUUGACCCUUUUUUUUAAUUUAUUUUAUUUCAUAAUCGAAUAGCAGAAGACUGAUAUAACAUACUACAUCAUUUUGAUGAUGGAUUGGCGAGUUGUAAAUUUGACAGCUUAACUGUCAGCUGUUCUGGAAGGUCAAGACAACUCUUUCAAUUUAAUAAAAUGUCCAAAAUUAGGCUGGAAUAUAUUAUUCGUGCAUAAACUUUAACACCUUGUCAACUUGUUGAAUUAAACCGUUCAAAAAAUAAGUAAGGUGGGACCGUUUUGAAAAGUACUGUGUAGAGUAGACGGAAAGACAAACUGGGGAGGGGCAGUGACAUUUGAUAUUUAUCAAAUUUAUGACACAUCAUGCGGUUACAACAAUAAUAAUAAUAAGGUUUUAAUUUGGGCGAAGAUUAGCUUAAGCUAUUCUACGACUAAACCCAUAUAGUUAUAUAGUUGAAAUAAUUCUUGAUCACAACAAGACGUACACAUCUACAGGGUAUUAGCAUGUUAAACAGAUGUUCCACAAUCAUAAAUUCUAUUUUUAAUUGUUUCAAUUCCAUUGUGACUAGCUUUGUACCUCCUGAGUUCCACAGCCAGUUCUUAGUUUUAAGAUAUUAUUAAGUGAUUGUACUGAAAAAUAAAUAUAC